AUGUCGCCAUUUUAUUUGAGCCACACCUAUAAAGGGCUGGGCUUAUUAAAGAUGAAGCUAGAAACUAAGUCCGAUCAUUUCUGUACUUUAUUCCUGUGCACUGGGUUGACUAGUGCUGCUGAGCUACGUAGGACAGUGUUAUCUGGGAAACUUCCAUGUUGCCUGCUUGAUGCAGGAAUGAUUUGCAGCAGUUUUCAAGUGAUGGUUGCUGUGAAUAAAGCAGUCAUCAGUUUAGAAAGGAAGAAACUAGUCACAAAAAGUCUGCAAACUGAAAUAAUUUAUUCCUUGUCUCCAUCAACAAAUAUAUCAGAAUCUUUGAGGUUGUUUGGUGCAAAAGACGAUUCCAACAGUGUAGUAGCUGUAUUUACAUCGGACUCAAGUGAUUCAUUCCUUGAACAGGAAGAAUCUCUUAAAAGCCUUGUAAAAGGUUUAGGUGGAGAAGUAUUGCAAGAUAAUGAUUUCAGUAAAACUCUUGAUCUCAAAAGCUUGAAGAAGGUUUAUCAGAUCACAGACAAAGAGCUUCAAGUCACAACGUUAGAAAAAGCAGUAACAACAGCAAUGUCUAUGAAACACCUAGUCUGAACGAGGAUUGAUAAUACGAGAAUUAUAGUUAUACUCAUUCAAUCAUAAUAAAAUAAAAUAAUAAUAAUAAUGAUUACAAUUAAUAAAUGAUAGCCAUACAACAUGCACAAUAAACAAACAUGUAAACAUAAUAAUAAUUAUAAACAAGAAUCAAAUUAAUAUUUAUUAAUAAUACAUAAAUCUCGGCAGAGUUAUCCAUAA